ACGUCUUGUGAUAUGUGCAGUAUAUUAUUCUCAACUUUGUAAAAAUCUGUCCAAGAGUGCGUGAUUAGGGCGAAAUUGGUCACAUUACAGAUCAUAAGAUUAUACUUAAUACCACACAUUCCAAAACAUACUAGAACUUACGUAACUGAAGAAAAAUCAAUGUAUUGAUCCAACACCGUGUCGAGAAACCGGAGUCUAAUGCACUUUGGUGUAUGCAAUGCGAAUUAAAUAAGCAUGGCACAAUAAACCCGGAAGAUGCAGAUUUCAUAGAACUCUCAAACUCAGCGUUCGCAUACUAAAUCCUUCAAAAGUAAGACAAUAAAUUUACCUCCAUUUUAAAAUGCUCCAUUUUAGAGAGUAGUAAGAGGCAAAGCAUAAAUAAAAUAAAACGCUAUGUUAAUCAAGAUCAAGAAAAGAAUGACGGUGCAGUACCACCUGGAAAGCAGGUUUGGUCGGUCCAUCAAACACCUGCUUUUACGUUGGAAGGGGUCAAUAUUCAAAUUAGUUUGGCCCGAUUUGUGCAUCUUUCUCUUACUCUAUUUCUCAAUUUCCUGCUUGUACCGAUUCGGCCUUACUCGCGACCAACAGAAACGGUUUGAAAAAAUUUCAAUUUACUGUGAAAAAUAUGGGACGCUGAUUCCUGUGUCGUUCGUUCUGGGGUUUUACGUGUCACUAGUCAUAGGGCGAUGGUGGGCGCAGUAUAAAAUAAUUCCGUGGAUUGAUACGCUAGCCAUGUGGAUAAAUACGUCGAUUAAAGGGACGGAAGACGAGGAGAGGUUGUUGAGGAGGACGAUUUGCAGAUACGCGUGCUUAUCCAUUACUCAGUGCUACACUUUGAUCAGUAAUCAGUGCAAGAGAAGAUUUCCUACCCUUGACCACUUAAUCGCAGCCGGACUGCUACUCCCGGAUGAAAAGGUGGCGUAUGAAAAUAUCGUCGCCGGCAUUCCAAAGUAUCAAACGCAUUGGAUCCCACUCGUUUGGGCGACGACACUCGUGGCGCAAGCACGAUUCGAGGGCAAAAUAAAUUCUGACACUUGGACGAAAACGAUACUUGACGAAAUCAACAAAAUCAAGGAUGCUUGCAACCUCCUCUUGUGCUUUGACCGGAUUCGCGUCCCUCUCGUGUACACGCAAGUCGUCACCCUCGCGGUGUACUCGUACUUUCUCUCCUGCCUCAUGGGCCGACAGUGGGUGCACUACAGACCUGCAGAACAGCCCGAACAAAUCGACGGAAAACCUCCAACCAAACAACAUGGAAAGUUUGGCGUAGAAGAGCUCGACCUAGUCGUUCCUGUCUUUACAAUUCUUCAAUUCCUUUUUUACAUUGGAUGGCUAAAAGUCGCCGAAAGCUUAGUAAAUCCCUUUGGGGAUGACGACUACGAUUUUGAACUAAAUUGGAUGGUGGAUCGCCAUUUACAGGUGUCAUACACCAUCGUGGACAAGAUGCACUAUAAAACGCCGACCAUGCAGAAGGAUCUUUAUUGGGGAGAGAUGGUUCCACCCGAAAUGCCGCACACCGUGGCCUCCAUUAAGGGAAACAAUGAUCCUCCCGUCACCUCCACGGCGGCGGUCGUGGUUCCGCACAAGGAGAGGGAACUAGUGACGCCAAACUUAAUCACGAUGGCGACCAUAGCCAAGGCAGAUAUCAAGUUCCGCAAAAGAACGCUCAUGGCGGAGAGGAAGAAGCAACGUAUCCUCGCCGAACAAGAACGUCAACGCCAACUGCAAGAACAAGGACAAGAAGGUGACGUGGCGACAAUAGACAUGCCCGAAGACGAAGAAGAUGACGAUGACGAUGAUGAUGAUGACGAAGAAGAAGAGAAACAAAACGAUGGCGAGAAUGUCGUCCAGGUGUAUAAAGAGGAGAAUGGGAUUAAAUUAGUUGCCUCAAAUGCGGUAUAAAUAAAUAAGACACAAUUUAGUAUUAAUUUAUCACUAUAAUUCAAAAUGGUUCAUAACCUUAAACCUCAUAUUUGUACCUGCGAGGCACUUAUACUAGCUCAAGUAGAAUGGCUUAAAGUAUACUUAAGAAGACACCUUAGGACCUUAGAUACAAAGACAAUGACGAUUGAUGGGUUUGUGAUUUUCUAUAACGUGAUAUUACUUAAAUGUGAACGCCUGUAUUUAUCAGAAUUGCAUGCAAAAAAGGAAUUAAUCUGUAUGCCUAAAUAUAUUGGACCAUUUUUAUUAA